AGGGGCGGCAGCGGCGGCGGCGGCAGGAUGAUCAAGCUGUUCUCGCUGAAGCAGCAGAAGAAGGAGGAGGAGUCGGCGGGCGGCACCAAGGGCAGCAGCAAGAAGGCGUCGGCGGCGCAGCUGCGGAUCCAGAAGGACAUAAACGAGCUGAAUCUGCCCAAGACGUGCGACAUCAGCUUCUCAGAUCCAGACGACCUCCUCAACUUCAAGCUGGUUAUCUGUCCUGAUGAGGGCUUCUACAAGAGCGGGAAGUUUGUGUUCAGUUUUAAGGUGGGCCAGGGUUACCCGCAUGACCCCCCCAAGGUGAAGUGUGAGACGAUGGUUUAUCACCCCAACAUUGACCUCGAGGGCAACGUCUGCCUCAACAUUCUCAGAGAGGACUGGAAGCCAGUCCUUACGAUAAACUCCAUAAUUUAUGGCCUGCAGUAUCUCUUCUUGGAGCCCAACCCUGAAGACCCACUGAACAAGGAAGCCGCCGAGGUCCUGCAGAACAACCGGAGGCUGUUUGAGCAGAACGUGCAGCGCUCCAUGCGGGGUGGCUAUAUUGGCUCCACCUACUUCGAGCGCUGCCUGAAAUAGGGUUGGCGCAUACACACCCCUGCCAGGGCCACCAGCCCCGGCGUCCCCUGCAAAUAUUUAUUGGGGGCCACAGGUGGGGGGGGGCAUGGGGCAGCCGGUGGGGGAAUCCCAUGCCCUGACCUGCCACCCCUCCCUGCCACCCGCUCCUAGUUUUUUUUUUUUUUAAACCACCAUGUGAUUGAGGUCGGCGCUGCCUCCCCCGACCCGCUCAGCGAUGGGAAAUGAAUUGGCUUGUCUAGCCCCACGCUGGGUGCUGUCCAGCCCCCCUAAUCUGGGCUCUGGGGUGGGAGGUCAAGGGUGGCUGGGCACCCGGCACCCCACCCCUGCACCACUGGAGGUCCCGCCAGGCUAUUAAAGGGGAAUGUUACUGCA